GGACUCACAGACAGACUGACAGACAGACUGUAGCUCAGGAGGUCAGGGAGGUCAGGGCGACGAUCGGAAAAUCCCUCUCAUCCAAGAGCAAGUGGUGCUACCUCCGUGGUUCCUAGAUCGAUCUCGCAGCUCCCAAACCAUGCGGGUGUGGCUGACGUGGUUGUGUUUCGGAUUGGUGGGCGUGGGCUUGAGCGGACAGCAAAAUGCGCCGCCCGCUCCACCGCCCCCGGGCUUGGGCGUGCUCAAGCGCUUCGAGUACAAGUACAGCUUCAAACCGCCCUAUCUGGCCCAAAAGGACGGCUCCGUGCCCUUCUUUGAGUAUUCCGGCAAUGCCAUUGCCAGUGAGGAAAGUGUUCGGAUCACGCCUUCGCUCCGAUCGCAAAAGGGUCAAAUCUGGUCCAAGCUCAUGACUAAUUUCGAUUGGUGGGAAGUGGAGUUACAUUUCCGUGUCACGGGUCGUGGUCGCAUUGGUGCCGAUGGCUUGGCCUUCUGGUACACGGCCAACAAAGGGGUCGAAGGUCCGAUGCCUUCGCGAGGAAGCGCCAUCAAGGGUCAAAAGCAGGACAUACACGUGUUUGGAUCAUCCGAUCGAUGGAAUGGCCUUGGAAUCUUCUUUGAUUCAUUCGACAACGAUAAUAAACAUAACAAUCCUUACAUAAUGGCUAUUGUCAACGACGGCACCAAGGCCUACGAUCAUCAAAAUGAUGGCUCCACCCAACAAUUGGCUGGAUGUUUGAGAGACUUCAGAAAUAAACCAUUCCCUGUGAAGGCCAAGAUCGAGUACUUCAACAACAUUCUCACAGUCUUGUUCCACAAUGGUAUGAGCAAUAAUGAUCGCGAUUAUGAGGUCUGUUUGCGCGUAGAAAAUGUCAUCCUCCCCAAGUACGGUUACUUCGGAGUAUCUGCCGCCACCGGCGGUUUGGCGGAUGACCACGAUGUGUUGAAGUUCUCCACGAGUAGCUUAAGAACUCCGGGUGUGGGCACGGUUCCUGACGUUCAAGACGCGGAAAGUCAGAAAUUCGAGGCCGAGUUCGAGCAAUACCAGAAGAAGCUCCAAGGCCAAAAAGACCAAUGGGCCAAAGAGCAUCCCGAUCAGGUGAUGAAGAACGAGGAUGGAUGGGACAACUGGUUCUCUGACCAGGACAAGGAGCUUCAGCAGAUCUUUCAAGGUCAAUCCGAGAUGAAAAACGUUUUGUCGGAUUUGCACCGGAAAAUGGACGAAAUCAUCGGACGUCAAGAGCGAACUCUCUCCAUGAUGUCUGGCAUUCAGUCUGGGCAAAUUGGAACCAAUCAAGGUCAACCUCCUCCUCCCGGCCAAAUGGGAGGGGGGAUCCCCGUGGACACGAUUCGACGAGAUGAAGUCAAUGCGGUCCUAGCUAAUCAACGAGAAAUUGUGUCCGCUUCCCGUGAUAUCAAAAACUUUGUCAUUGAUAUCCACACCAAGACCGGUCAGCUUAUGAGUCGUGGGUCAGCUCAACCCGUGGGAGGUCCAGCGGCUACAGGGGGGUCUGAUGUAUCUGGCAUGAUGCAGGAGAUGAGAGAGAGUUUGAACUUGAUUCGACGUGACUUGGCUGGAACCCAACAACGAUUGACCCAGAACACACCUCUGAAGUGUCCGGAAGUGGCGAGUGGGCCCACCAAUUGUGUGUCUACCUCGAUGUUCAUGGUCCUCAUGGCUGUUCAAUUGGUGAUCAUCAUCGCUUAUCUCAUGUUCAGGGAUAGUAGAGAAACACAAGCCAAGAAGUUCUACUAGAACCAUCAACCGGGAGCGUCCACAGACCACCACAUACACACCAGAUAUGCGACUGCAGAGAAGCAAAGUUGCCAUUCACAUUUCACAUUUUCAAGAAAUCAGGGAUAUCAAUGUGUCCUGACUUGCUGUGAUGCCUUAAAAUCCAAUGCUUACCCGUGUUCUUAUGGCCUUCCAUGAAUUGUUGAACGAAGUUGUGUUUUUUUUAUAUAUAUAUGUAUGCUCUAUUGGUGUGACUGCGUAUUACUGUGCCCACCCAUGAAUGACAAAACUUGACUCUUUUUUAAGCAACGCCCAUUGAAAGGACGCCGACAAUGACGACUUUUAGGAAAAUAUAUCGCCACCUUUGUUACAUCCCUUCCAGAAUUUCUAUUGGUUGUUUCUCUUCCUCUUCUAAUGCAAACAAAAUUCAAUUGAAUUGGUGGACAUUCAUUUCUUGCCUUUGUUCAAUCGUUGUAUUGUGCUCAAGAUCACAGCGUUGCCACGGUUUGUCCCCGAUCCACCUUGCCCUUUCCAAAUUUUGUGGAACGCAUCAAAUUCGAGACUUCUUUCAAACAGGCUUCAUUUGUUGCUCAAUACAUCCAAUUUCCAUUACCUUAUACUUCUCUAGAACAGGUUCCGUCACAAACAAGUUUCCUAUUUUUCGAACCAUUCAUUUAUCCGACAAUAAAAAAGACUUGCCCCCUCUGGAA